AUGAAGGCAGUCACAUUGGCUGUUAUUUUAUUACAACUGUGUGGAAAUGUACAAUUUUCCCUCAGCUAUUUGGUAGGUGCAGGCUUAAACGUCCGCUUCGCCCAAAUGCUUCACACCGACACGAAGUAUCAAAUACUUCGAGAAGAAAUGAUAAAGGCGAAUACACACAAUCUCGUCUACCACUGCAGAGCAGAUAAGAGCGAUUGUGACGCAGCUUUAGCCAAGAUGAGGUAUAAAGCCAGUAAACACUUCUACGCGCUGUCCAAGGCUGUUGUGGAUUACGUGAAGAAUAAACGGCAGGCAAGGCCCACUGGAUACGUUGGUACAGCCACGUUCUGUCAAGAUAACGUUUGUGUACCAGACACAGACCCUCCCAUCGUGUAUGGAGGCUGCUACACCCUCAUUUCUUGUGGAGGCAACCAGACAUGGCAUCUCGACCCUGUGGUAUACAAAAAGAAGAGAGGGCGCUUGUAUUAG